CCUGGCAGAGGUGCGUGGGGGGUAGGGGAGGAAGGGCGCGAAGCUAAACGUGCCCGUGCUGCAAUGAGCCUGAUACUGGCAGAAACAGAGGAGCGGCCUGCGACCCCAUAACCACAGUGCGUCCUUCCCCUUAGAAGUCUGGGGAAAGCAAAUCCCUACGCCCAGCCAUCAUUUCCACUCUUGCGUUUUCAAAAGAUCAAAAAACGGAAAGGACCGGCAGGUUGGCAAACCCCAAAGAGGGACCGCCCAUCAGCUCGGCGUCCUUGGGAUCUCAGCAGCCGACGACCCCAAUUCAAAUCGAUCGUGGGAAACCCCAGGGAAAGAAGGUUCACUUGCAGAGAGACAGGAUUACAGGGUGCAGGCUGCAGGGAAGUACCGGGGGGAAGGGGGCCUGGUUGGAAGGACUUUCCAGCCACUUGGCACUCAUCAAAAAGUUCCCUGUCCGUGACCCCAGUGGCUCAUCGCAGGGAGUUUCUCCGAUGAACCCCAGCUCAGGGUUUAGGCUUCUUUUUCCCCCUAGCAAAGGACGAAGCCAGUUCUCUUUUCUGGUCUGACUGGCUUGGAAAUUCCCCGCGCCUGACCCCGCCCCAGAGAAAUCCCCCGCCAGCGUUUAUAGGGCGCCGCGGCGGCGCUGCAGAGCCCAUACCAGCCCGUGCCGCCGUCCCGCCCGCCAGCGCCCCAGCGAGGAAGCAGCGCGCAGCCCGCGGCCCAGCGCACCCGCAGCAGCGCCCGCAGCUCGCCCGCGCCAUGUUCCAGGCGGCCGAGCGCCCCCAGGAGUGGGCCAUGGAGGGUCCCCGCGACGGGCUGAAGAAGGAGCGACUGCUGGACGACCGCCACGACAGCGGCCUGGACUCCAUGAAGGAUGAGGAAUACGAGCAGAUGGUCAAGGAGCUGCAGGAGAUCCGCCUCGAGCCGCAGGAGGUGCCGCGCGGCGCGGAGCCCUGGAAGCAGCAGCUCACCGAGGACGGGGACUCGUUUCUGCACUUGGCCAUCAUCCAUGAAGAAAAGGCACUGACCAUGGAAGUGAUCCGCCAGGUGAAGGGAGACCUGGCCUUCCUCAACUUCCAGAACAACCUGCAGCAGACUCCACUCCAUUUGGCUGUGAUCACCAACCAGCCAGAAAUUGCUGAGGCACUUCUGGGAGCUGGCUGUGAUCCUGAGCUCCGAGACUUUCGAGGAAAUACCCCCCUACACCUUGCCUGUGAGCAGGGCUGCUUGGCCAGCGUGGGAGUCCUGACUCAGUCCUGCACCACCCUGCACCUCCACUCCAUCCUGAAGGCUACCAACUACAAUGGCCACACGUGUCUGCACCUAGCCUCUAUCCAUGGCUACCUGGGCAUCGUGGAGCUUUUGGUGUCCUUGGGUGCUGAUGUCAAUGCUCAGGAGCCCUGUAAUGGCCGGACUGCCCUUCACCUCGCAGUAGACCUGCAGAAUCCUGACCUGGUGUCGCUCCUGUUGAAGUGUGGGGCUGAUGUCAACAGAGUUACCUACCAGGGCUAUUCUCCCUACCAGCUCACCUGGGGCCGCCCAAGCACCCGGAUACAGCAGCAGCUGGGCCAGCUGACGCUGGAAAACCUUCAGAUGCUGCCGGAGAGUGAGGAUGAGGAGAGCUAUGACACAGAGUCAGAGUUCACGGAGUUCACGGAGGAUGAGCUGCCCUAUGAUGACUGUGUGUUUGGAGGCCAGCGUCUGACAUUAUGAGCGCAAAGGGGCUGAAAGAACAUGGACUUGUAUAUUUGUACAAAAAAAAAAAGUUUUAUUUUUCUAAAAAAAGAAAAAAGAAAAAAAAUUUAAAGGGUGUACUUAUAGCCACACUGCACACUGCCUGGCCCAAAACGUUUUAUUGUAGUGGGAUCAGCCCUCAUUGUGUUGCUUUUGUGAACUUUUUGUAGAGGACAAGAAAGAUCAUUGAAAUUCCGAGAAAACUUCUUUUAAACCUCACCUUUGUGGGGUUUUUGGACGUUAUCAAAAAUUCAUGGAAGGACCACAUUUUAUAUUUAUUGUGCUUCGAGUGACUGACCCCGUGGUAUCCUGUGGCAUGUAACAGCCAGGAGUGUUAGACCUUUCAGUGAUGUGGGGUGAAAAGUUACUACCUGUCAAGGUUUGUGUUACCCUUCUGUAAAUGGAUGUACAUAGUGUAUUGUUGGUAAUUAUUUUGGUACUUUUAUUAUGUAUAUUUAUUAAACAGAUUUUUACAAAUGA